AUAUGUCCAAUCAAUAUUUUUAGUCAGUUUAUACAAUAAGAAAAAAACUUUUAAAUGAAAUAUAAAUACAUAUAUUUCUAAAUCAUCUUUUAGAAGUAUGCUAGCGAAUAUAGAUGACCUGAAAGUUAACAUACAUGAACUGAAAAACUCAGUGUUCAUUUUACAGUAUCGGAUUGGCUGUCGUGUCUUUUUUAAAUAAAAUGCACGUGAUUAAAGGUCUAAAAUGCAUUGGCUAAUCUGGUAACAUGCAAAAGGACGAUCAAUCUACAGCUGACCACAUGAUGUCGCUGUUGUCUACGUCAAUAGGCAUAACUAUAAGUACAAGCUACUCACCUAUUAUCAUUAAAGUAUUAUCAUUAUCUGUGCACUACUGUUUGUUAAUAAAGUGAGCUUUAAGCUUAAGUAAUAAUUGCUGUCAUAAUUUAUAUGAAUAAAAACUCUUAAUGAACUUAACAAGCAGUUAUAAUGCUUGCUAAACCACAUAGUACCACACCAACCCAGUUACAUUGCUGUAAGUGCCAAUAUAGAUGUUUGAAAAUCUAUAAAAGGCAUGCCAUUUGAAAAUAUCCCUAGCUUUUUUUUUAUGGUUUGGAUAGACAUAGUCAUGAUGAGGACGAGAAUUUAUGACUGAGGAGUUUUGUUACACAGUAAACCUGCUGCUCCUCCUAUGAAUGCUUCAAUCAUGUCAUCAUCACACACUGACGUCUCACAGAGGACACUGGGAAAGCCACUACUGGAGAACUAGUUAUAGGAAAGCUGGAGAAGUCGAUCUGGGACACAAUGCAAUUAGUUGAUGUGGAGCUAGAGAAACACAUGGAGAGCAGGACAUCCACAAACAGCCCAAAGUUUCUGUCACACUCUAUCGAGGAAAUACUGAAAAAACCUUCCAGUUUGACUGUCCAACCUGACAGAACAGACAAGAAACUUAAAACAUCCGGAUGUACACAGACCAAGACAAAAACGGACGCACCUAAAACCAGCCAAUGCACAGCUCGUCGGUCCGGUUACAGACGGGUACGGACCACGUUCACAGUGACCCAGCUGGAGGAGCUGGAAAGAGUUUUUCAGGAAACACACUAUCCUGACGUUCACACCAGAGACCGGCUCGCCUGCCGAACGCAGCUCUCUGAGGGGAGAGUACAGAUCUGGUUCCAGAACCGCCGGGCGAAGUGGAGGCGCAGUGAAGCUAAAGCAGCACACAGACCGUUCCCAGUGCUGAGAGACACACAACACACUCACCACCUCCUGCCUCCUCUCCUCUACGUGCCGUGCCUGAGCUUUCAGCAGAAGUUCUGGCUGCCGGCGUCAAUCUGUUCUCCCAUUGGUUCUCCUGAGCGUGCCACCCUAGAUCAUCGUUCACAUAUGACCUCAUCAUCGGUUUCAUAGGUCUGACAUCAUUCAACCCACAUAACCUAAAAGACUCUCCACAUUUCCAGCUUCAGAUCAAGACUUUUUUUUUUUUAUCUAUUCUGUCCUAUUGGAUUAAAAGGUCAUAUGAUAUCUCGUAUCAUAUCAACUGUUAACAGCUUUAUCACAUUGGUGUGUAUAUAUAUAUAUAUAAAUAAGAAUAACUGUAUCAUGUGUUUAUUGUUUUAUAUUAAAUCUAUUUUAAAAAAGACAUCAUACGUGAAGUGACGAACGUGUGGCAAGUUGUAAAUCAUUUUCCUUAUCUCAUCACAAUAAAAGCACUAAGUUAAUAAUAGGCCUAUCAUUGGUGA